AUGAGUGGCAAAAGAAUUGUCCAAAUUGACCUUUGAAGGUCUUAAGGGUAUUUUUCAUCUGGAAAAAGUUCAAAAUACCUCAAAUGAUAUUAAAUUGUAGUUGACGGACCUAAAAUGAUAUUUUCAAAGUUCACGACCCUAAAAUGAUACUUUGGCAAAGUUCGUGGACCUUAAAAGACGUUCCCUCUUUUUAAAAACACCUAUAUGCAUAAUCUGAAUAUCAGGUUCCAGCCCAUCACCAAGCCAACUAUAAAAUAAAACUAUCUGCCACAGAAAUAUCACAUGAGAGAGAGAGAGGGAGGGAGAGAGAAUGAGGGCAAGCCAGAGUUUGAUUUCACUAGCCUCAGUUUUACCCCUGGUGGUGAUGAUCCAGAUAACAUCAGGUCAGAGCUUGAUCAACACUACCUGCCUAGAUUCAUCAAGGGAUGAUCCAAACAUCGACUAUGCCUUCUGCACAAGCUCCCUGCAGGCAGCCCCCGGCAGCCACUGCGCCACCCUGCAGGGGCUCAACAUCAUCUCCAUCACCCUCCUUCAAAACAACAUAACCGACACGCGCUGUUUCAUCAAACACCUCAUCAGAAACAGUACUCCGGAGGAGCCAUACCUGAGGGAGUGCCUGAGCGACUGCUUGGAGCUUUUCUCCGACGCCAUCCCUUCCGCAAAAGAGGCCAUGAGACACUUCACGAUGAAGAGGUAUGGCGAUGCCAACAUGAAGAUAAGUUCCAUCAUGGAAGGUGCUACCACCUGUGAGGAUGGCUUUAAGGAGAGGAAAGGUCUGGUUUCUCCUCUCACCAACAGAAACCACCAUGUUUUCGAGCUCUCUGCCAUCACCUUGUCUCUUAUGCAUGUUAUUCAAACUAGAUCAGGUUGAUGCAUAUAUCAUAGAAUUUUCAUGCUCAUUGUACAAAUAUAAAACAUAUACGUAUGAUGGAAUUUCAAUAUAUCAGUA